CUUAAAGUGAAAUAAAAACUGAUUUAAAAAUGCAGAUGUGUUAAACAGUGUGGGUUAAUGGUUUUGAAUUGUGUUGAAUUGUGAAGUGUUCCGGUCUCAUUGAGCCUGUCAUGUUUCCUGUUGGGGCCCCUCCCUUUGGCACGCUGCUGUUUGCGGCCACAUUUAUAGCCGUCUUCGGGAUUUGUUUGUGCUCUGAGACGCCCUGUUUCUUCACCGCAGACGCAGGCAGCUGAUGAUGAUGAUGACCCUCUGGGUUGUAUUUAAAGCCCAGGGAAAGCGGAAGCCUGGCCUGACUGUUAUCUGUUGAGAACUGCUAGCUGGUGUAGCCCUACACUGAGCAGCCUUCAUCGUUAGCCGCCUGUGCUGUUCACUCAUACAUAGUUAUUAAACAUGAAUAGAGAAGGAAAUGCGAGCUUUUUCGGACAACAGGACUAAAACCUCACCAAGAAGAAAGAGGAGAAGAAGAAGUCACGGAGCCACUAGAGAAAAACAGGAGCAGUUUGUGCCUGGCACUCCCCCAGCCUCCCCUCACCUCCAACCCUUCACACCCUCCAGUCCAUUCGUGCUGCCAGCGAAUGGACCCUGUAACAAUGACGACCGGCGGGUGCUGCCACCUCCCCGGCUCUCUGUGUGACUGUGCCAGCAACACAGGCCUGUGGAAGAGCGUGGAGGAAGCGGGCGGUGACGGGUGCCAGGCGCUCUACGUCACCCAGGUCACAGCCAUAGAUGGACGGUUGCUGUCCUCUGUGCUCAAACCAAUGAGUGCACAAAGUGAUGGUCCCAUUUGCCGUAUUUGCCAUGAAGGAGGCAGCAGCGAGGGUCUCCUGUCUCCAUGCGACUGCACAGGCACUUUGGGUACAGUGCACAAGAGCUGCUUAGAGAAGUGGCUGUCGUCCUCCAAUACCAGCUAUUGUGAGCUUUGCCACACAGAGUUCAGCAUCGAGCGCCGACCGAGGCCCCUCACAGAGGUAACAAAGUGGCUGCGAGAUCCCGGCCCCCGUAAUGAGAAGAGAACACUGUUCUGUGACAUGGUGUGCUUCCUGUUUAUCACUCCUCUAGCAGCUAUUUCUGGCUGGCUUUGCCUGAGGGGCGCUCAGGAUCAUCUUCAGCUGAGGAGCUGGCUGCAGGCUGUGGGCCUCAUUGCCCUCACCAUUGCCCUCUUCACCAUCUACGUCCUUUGGACUUUGGUAUCAUUCCGCUACCACUGUCAGCUGUACUCUGAGUGGAGGAGAACAAACCAGAAAGUACGUCUGCUCAUUCCCGAAGCCAAGGAGUCGAACUCUUCCCAGCAUUCCUUGCUCUCUAAUAAACUGAUGAAAAAAUCGGCCAGUGAGAGCAUCGUAUGAGACCAAACGGAGAUAGUCGAUGAUUAUUACAUCUUUUACGUAUGAGGGCUGAUUCCCGAUGCAACCUGCCCACAGUUUUGACUUUGAAGAAACACCUGUGGGGAUUUUUUUGUGUGUGUCGCUUUUUUUUUUUUUUUCUUUGCACCAUGGGCUCAUAUUUUUUCACAUUGCAUUUUAUAAUCCUCACAUGGGUGCAGGAAUUAGCACAUUUUAAAGGAAUCUGCCUGUCCUCGUGUCAGGUGUUGACCAAGUUUAUGCAAAGGCACUGAGGAACGGUGAAGGUGGUGGAAGCAUGCAGAAAUGGAGCCGAGCUGUCUCAUCAUCACAGAUGUGACAACAUGACUGGCUAAAACUGACAGCAUAAAACAAGAUGGAUCGAGUAAACUUGUUAAAGAGGACUGUGAAAUUGAAUGAUUGUCCUGCUUGGUUUAACAACCCAUCGAUGGUCAGGUAUAGCACGUCUACUCAUUGUGUAUUGCGAUGAUAAAAGCAACUGCUACAUACGCCUUUUAAUCGUGUGUUACGUGGGCACGCACUUACCUACUUGGGGCUUCUCUUCUCUGCCCACUGAGGAUCUCGUUGUAUAAUCACAUAUUAGUCUGUAGUGUGAAGAUAAAAAGCUUUGAUCUUUAAUUUUUAUUUCAUAGUCACAUCUGGAUAUGUCAUCUGAGUGGAAUCUUUUAACUCACAGCUUUUACAUCAUCUCAUCCGAGACCAGGCGGCUGCAUAACAUUUGUAAAGCAGAGACUUGUGCAAUAAAACACUGUGGACAUCGAGGUUUUCGCAGUACACGAAGACAGUUCUACCAACGUGCACAGUUAUGCAUGCAAGCAGCACUGUUAAUAUUUUUUUUUACUCUUAUUGUAUUCUAAAAUCAUUUUUUAAACCACUUAAGAACGAAUGACUUUCCUAUUCCUACUGAAGUAGGGUUUAACAGUGUCCUCAUAGAGGUUCUUGUACUAUCAAUAUGUAACAAGUAGGUAUUUAUAUUUAUAUAGAUGGAUAGAAACUCCAUCACGAGUAUUGGUGUGGUGGCUGGGGCAGUGUACAAAAGCGUUAUCGGUGUUGCUUGUUAUUCAUUUUUGGCGUUUUCCUUUUUUCUUUUUUUUUUCAUGAUCGCAACAGUCAGAGAAUUCCUGCUGUUCUUUAAGUUACGAUUAAGCAUUUGGUCUAAUGUGAUGAGAAACUUUCUUAAUCUGGGAUUUUUAGUGCUGGUAAACCCUAAAGGUAACCGCCAGCAUUUUGAUGUUACUGACCAGACUCGCCUGGAACUGGCUGUGUUGGUAGAGUUGGGAGAUAGCUGAAGUUAUUACAAACUACAGCGUGUGCCUGGUAUUCAGAUUUCCGGGUCAUAUGAUGGUCCAGUUUUUGUAAUGUGAAACAUUGUUUCUUCUCUAUGCUUAAUUUAGGUUACAGGGAGAUGUCUGAUUGCUUUUUAACGCAUGCUGUAGGCUGUCCACAGGGAGACAAGCUUGUAGAUUUAAAAAAAAACCCUCCCAACAUUACAUGUACUACUAAAAAAAUAAUUUAAUUCAGUGGAUCUAAUGAAGCCAAUUCAGCUUAGUAUUGGUCUGAAAUACUUUAAUCAUUUUUAUUUAUAGAUUUGUCUUUUAAUGGGUUGCAAUUAAAAGAAUUCCUCCCCUUAAAGGGGGUGUUUAAAGCGAUAUAAGUUUAAAACUAACCUGACGACGACCUGUUUGGUGGAUUUUUGAUUAUAAUUCCGAGAAAGGAAUUGGUGAUGCAUGACGCUGUCAUGGUGAUCAAACUGUGCGAUGCCUUUUGAUUCUAAAUCUAUCAUUCUUGGUUAAUUAUUUAAAUAUUUACCUUUAAAUCAGUCAGGCUUGAAUAGUAAUUUAUUAACAUGAUGUGAUGUGUGGUGAUGUAAAAUUUAUCAGAGAGAAAUGUGUUUUUAGAAAGGGCUUGUGGUAACAUUCAGCAGACAAAUCAGAUCAGUGAAAUUAUUAGUUUCCAGCAAGCAUCGUACAUUUUCCCCUCCUGUCCUUUGUUAAUGCUACAUAAAUGUGGUAAACCCAAAAUGAGGUUACCAGUUAAGUAGGUGGUGAAGCGUUAGUCAUGUAAAGAUGUCUGUUUUCAGGAGGAAUGUUGACAUAUGCUUGUGUUUUCCUCCCUUUUCUCACAGUGCUGCAUUACCAGUAACGAGUCAUUUCCUUGUUUACAUUACCAGUUCCCUUUGGUACAUUUCACUCCUGCUCGUUUGAUCCGCGUUCUGCCCCAGAUAAAUAUUUGUUUUUAAGAACAAAGGAUUACACCCUGCAGUACUGCGGUGUGCUCGUCUGCCUUGCAGGCUUAUGAUUAAUUUGGUCAUCCGUGUGUUUACCCGAGAAAGUACUGGAAUCCGUUUGUACGAUGUGCAAGAAAUAACAGAUUUUUUUUGAUGCAAUGCAAAAUUAUUUCCUGUAUUGGGAGUCUCUGCAGAGUUGCAUCAAACUAUGCAACACUUCUCCUUUUUUGGCUACUAAGAAUUUCUGACAGUGUUUUUAGAGAAACGUAAAAAGAGAGUCUAAAAUGUUUGUGACACGUUUAAGACAAAUUUGAGUCGCAAAAGCAAAUAUAGAAAGGGAUUUUUUUUUUUUGGAUUUCUUUGUUGUUACUCACACAAAUGAACACGCAAAUGUUAAUAAUGUUGCGUUAUAACACAUUUGUGAACUGGGCAUGUUGGGUUUUUUUGUUUCAUCUGCAAUUUAUGUUGCUAUUCCUCAGUAUUAUUAUUUUUUUUAUAUUGUUAAAUACUACAAUGUUUAUGGUGUGCUGUGGGGUGAAGGGAUGUCUUCAUCAAUGUACUGGUACCUGCAAUCAGCCAAGAAAUGUUUGCAAAGCAAAUAAAACAUAAUCAUAAAUUA